CAUCUUAAGAAGUAUUACUUCCCUUUACCUGUCUGGCCUCUCAAUGAGAUGUGAAAAGUAACAGAUGUUUGCUGUUGGAGCAAGCCCCUUUGAGAUCAUGAGACUGUGUAUCAGAUUGGCAUUUUGUAUUUAAAGGACUCUGCCUGUUCUUCCAUAAUGAUAGAUUUAUUACAUGAUAUAUGUGUUUAUAUCAAUUAUCAGUGUCUUUUUACUGGUUAUUCACAAACUAUCUUGAACAAAUGUUUGGCAUCAGGGCUUGAACUGGCAUCCGGUUUUGAAUAUGCAUCUACAUGAUGUCAUCUAGUAACAUUAGCAGGUAAUAUUUAUUAAGCAUUUAUGCGUCAGGCACUGUGUUAAGCACUUUAUGAGCAUUACUUUAAAUUAACCUUCACAGCAUCGCUUUGGAAUGUGCACUUUUAUCAACCACAUUUUACUGGAGAAUGUGCUUCUUUGUGAUAAGUCUAGUUCAUUCAGCAGAGUAUACUAAAAUCCUUACUGGAAACUAUUCAUUAAUGGAGCUGUUAGAAGACCUGGUUGAAAGGAUCUAGAGUGGAUAACCUUGAAGAUGUGGGAGCAGUGGUUUCUAAACAGACCAGACAGAAGAGCAUCAUGGAGUUGUUAUUAAAAUUAAGAAGUAACUCAUCUAGAAUGGACAGAAGUUAGAAGUUGAUGAGGUGCGACACAUCAAUGAAGACCUAGUUAGGAGGUCAUUGCUUUAGUAAUGGAUAUAUUCACAGAUGUGGAUAUUUUCAAAGAAAUACUGGAGGCAUCGACUCGUGGGAUAUCUGUAUACAUUCUGCUUGAUGAGUCCAAUUUUAAUCAUUUUUUAGAUAUGACUGAAAAACAGGGAUGUCAAAUACAGCGUCUCAGGAAUGUUCGAGUACGGACAGUGAAAGGACAAGAUUAUCUUUCAAAAACAGGAGCUAAAUUCCAUGGAAAAAUGGAACAGAAAUUUUUAUUAGUUGACUGCCAGAAAGUAAUGUAUGGCUCUUACAGCUAUAUGUGGUCAUUUGAAAAAGCUCACCUCAGUAUGGUUCAGAUAAUUACAGGACAACUUGUUGAGUCUUUUGAUGAAGAAUUUAGAACUCUCUAUGCCAGAUCCUGUGUUCCCAGUUCAUUUGCUCCAGAUGAAUCAGCAAGGGUGAAGCAUGGCAAAACACUCUGGGAGAAUGGCGCUUACCAGCGUUCACUGUCCUCAUUAGCUUCCGUUUCCAGCCAGCGCAACCUUUUUGGUAGGCAAGACACCAUACAUAAACUAGAUUCUAGUUACUUGAAAAACAGAGGGAUAUAUGCUUUAAACGAGCAUGACAAGUAUAACGUAAGAAAUCUCGGGUACAAACCUCAUUUUAUUCCAAACUUUAAUGGUCCAAACACAAUCCGUCAGUUUCAACCCAGUCAGCUAAAUGAAAAUUGGAAAAGGCAUAGUUAUGCUGGGGAGCAACCAGAAACAACACCGUAUUUGCUGCUUAAUAGGACUCUGAAUCGAACCAGUCAUCCACCUGGUAAUUGGAAAAGGCCAUCAGAUAGUCUCAGUGUGGCAUCUUCAUCACGGGGAGGCUACACAGGCCACCAUAACACUCCUGCUCAAAGUUUUGCUGAUCGACUUGCUCAAAGAAAAACAAAUCUUCCAGAAAGAAAUUCAAAUGUGCGAAGGUCUUUUAAUGGAACUGAUAAUCAUAUUCGGUUUUUGCAACAACGAAUGCCAACCCUUGAGCAUACCACAAAAUCGUUCCUACGUAACUGGAGAAUUGAAUCUUAUUUAAAUGAUCAAUCAGAAGCUCCCCCUGAUUCCAGCGGAUCGGCCUUGGGUGACCGGUUUGAGGGCUAUGAUAGUCCUGAGAAUUUGAAAGCCAAUGCUCUUUACACUCAUUCUCGGCUUCGUUCCUCUUUUGUGUUUAAACCAACUUUACCUGAGCAACAGGAAGUUAACAGUUGUACAACUGACUCCUCCAAUUCAACUAUCACUGGUUCCCAGGGAAGUGAUACACCUAAAAAGAUCCCAGACAUCCCUACAAGUGUAGAGCAUUCAACAGACAAGCCUAUGCCAGAAUCAAUCCCCAAGCUACAGCCACAAUCAGAGACAUCAAAAAUGCAUACCUUGCAGAUUCCUGAAAUUCACUCAACAGUUUCAAACCAAGCUACAAAUGGCCGUACAGAGUCCAAUAACUAUAUAUAUACAACCUUGUGUUUGAAUAAGCAGACAGAAAAUCUAAAGAAUGAACACAAUGAGAACCUGCUUAAAAGGCGAAGUUUCCCAUCCUUCGAUCACUCUAAAGCUAAUUUAGCUCAUGGAAAUAGUAAGCAUUAUGUAUACAGCACACUUACCAGGAAUCGAGUUAGACAACCAGAAAAACCCAAAGAAGAUAUGUUGAAAAGUUCUAAAAGCAUGCACAAUGUGACCCGUAAUACAGAGGAAGACGAGGAGGUAGACAGUAGAUCCCCUCCCAAUAGCACUGCUACCAAAUCCAUCUCCAUUGCUGCUUUACUUGAUGUGAAUAAAGAGGAACCCAACAAAGAACUCACUUCGAAGAAGGAAGGUAAGGGUUCCCCAAGUUUUUUGAAGAAGGGAUCUCAAAAAUUGAGGUCCUUACUUAGCCUUACCCCAGAAAAGAAAGAGACGCUAUCAAAGAAUAAAGCACCUGCCUUCUACAGAAUGUGUAGUAGUUCUGACACUUUAGUUUCUGAGGGUGAAGAGAAUCAAAAGCCAAAGAAAUCAGAACACAAAAUUGAUUCAUCUCCUAGAAGAAAGCGUUCUUCCUCAUCAAAUUCUCAAGGCAGCGUUCACAAAAGUAAGGAAGAUGUAGCAGUUAGCUCAUCUAUGGGAAUAAAUUCUCCAUCAGAUGAAAAUAAUAAAAUAAUUACUUCUGCAGCUCCAGUUGAAAGGAAGUUCUUAGAAAGGGCAGGAGAUGCCUCUGCCCCAAGGUUUAACACAGAACAGAUCCAAUACCGAGAUCCAAAGGAGAUUCAUGCAGUUGUUGUUCCUGAAAGGAGGUCAACUUCUUCUCCAAGGCCAAAGCCCAAUGAGAUCUUAAGAACUCAUUCAACUGACCGGCGUGUUUACAGUCGUUUUGAGCCUUUUUGUAAAAUUGAGAGCUCCAUUCAGCCAACAAGCAACAUGCCAAGUCCUAGUAUAAACCGCCGAGAAAUUAAACCCACAACUAUGGGUAACAGUUACGGCAGGUCCAGCCCAAUGCUUAAUUACAACCCUGGUGUUUACCACUCAUAUCAACCAAAUGAAAAUAAGUUCCGAGGAUUUAUGCAAAAGUUUGGAAAUUUUAUAAACAAAACUAAAUAAAAUGCUGUAAUGUCAAAUGUCUAAUAAAAAUUAAAAAGCAGCUAUAAAAUUUCAUUAAAAACCUGUAGUUUCUUUAACAUGCCAGUAAGCUUCUGUAGGGGCAGAAUUAUAGUUGUGAUGUAUAUGUUCACUAGUGUGCUAGUGUACAGUAAAGUUAUUGUUCUGACAAAGUUAAUUGUACUUAAUUACACUGUAGAUGGACUGUCUCUGUAAAGACAGUAUUUCUCAAUAAUAAUGGCAAAAAAAUGGAUCCAAUUAAAUUGUUUUCUUUAGACUAAAAAUUUUAAGCCUUAAAAUUAGUAGCUUUAGUGGAGAGAUUCUGUAUGGAUUUUAAGUAUUCAUUCCAAAGUCUUUCCUUUAAAGAAAGAAUGUACUUCUAUCAAUGAACCUUUAUAAUAUGUCUUUAUGGUGUUUUCAUAUCUUCAAAAAUGUAAGAAACUGGGACAAAACCUUGCUGUUUUUAAUUAAAUUUAUACUUAACAAGAUA